AUGAAGGGUUUCGGGGCAGACAAGUCCUCGGGGCCCCCCGCGAGGUGUACAUACAGCAGCGUUUCCGGUGGUGGUGAUUCGCCGAACCGCUUGGACUUAGGAGGAAGUCGGAGUUUAGUAGGAAUUCUUUUUCCUUGGACUCGUGUUGAAAUGACGAAAGACAUGAUAUGCAAAGGCACAAUAAGUGCUUUGGUUGGGGUCUUGCUGGGUAUCGUAUCUUCUCUUAUCGUGAACUGCACGCUAGUCGAAAUAUCGGUUUCUUCUUUUUUCUCGGUUUAUCUCGGAAUUGUCUUCAUCACCGUCGGCGCUGUCAUUCUCUGGAGGAUCAACGUGAACGCGGACGGGGCGUCUCAGGGCCGGAGGCUGCAGCUCACGUUCUUUGCAGGUUUAAUUGUGUUUUCUGGUGUUUUGUGUUUUCUGUUGAAGCGAAAUUGGUUUGUAGGCCUUCACGCAAUAUUUAAGGUGCCUCUGUACACCGUAUUGGGUGUAUCUGUAGCUUUUGCCUUGACGUUUUCUCUUGUGGACGUUGUGAAUUAUCUCUUUUCUUUCUUUCAAUCGUCCGUCGCCAAGCCGCUGGUUGAGUCGAGGGAACAGGCAUAUAUGGUCUUGUUUUUUACGCUUGUUAUGGGUGGCGUCUUUGGGUUUAUCUUCGGCUUGAUGGAUGUGGAAGAUGAGAUGCAAUAUCAAAUCAAACUGGCCCUCUUAAGAGAACAACAAUUCUGCUAUCCACUGGGAGCCAUCAUAGGGGGCCUUGCAGGAUUCAGUAACGAAGUUCUGAGGCAAGCAGAGCAGAGGGUUCGUUACUGCUCAACAGAAUUCGAUGAAGACAUCUGA